AUGGCCUCCAACACCAACCCCGGAAACUUCUCCAACCGCUCCCACGAGGAGGUUCAGAACAUCGCCCGCAAGGGCGGCCAGUCGAGUCACUCCGGGGGGUUUGCGAGUAUGGACCCGGAGAAGCAGCGCAACAUCGCCUCCCAGGGCGGCCACGCUUCCAGCGGAAGCUUCAAGCCCGGCGACCCCAAAGCUCGUGCUGCUGGACAGAAGGGUGGUUCGAAGUCCCAGUACGACCAGGAGACUCCUGAUGAGUAAAUGCUGUGUCUGGUUGAUGGACAGGAAUUAUGAUGAUUAUGCCAUGUAUAAGAUGCGAUUGAUGAAUGUAACCAUAUGAUGUAUGAUAUUGACUUUGUCUGACGAAUGCUACUAUCGCCACUGAUGUGAGCGAGUGAUUGAUCUUUUUUUAGUAUGUUUGGGGAGCGAGGGAAUUGUCUGCAUGUAUUCCUGGUUUAGAAUCUUGUGUCAAAUGCAAUUGACAGGUGAUUCUGGCAAAAGUCAAUUCGAUGGUUGCUGGAAAGGAGGUAGUUCAGAAGUUCGGCUGAGGUAAUGGUGGGGAGGGUCUGCAAUACGUCGUGAAGACAUCACACCUCCUUGGGUACCCGAGCCUUGGCCGUUUUCAGUCACAUGUCUAUUCUUUCAAUAUUGUACGAAGAGAAGCAUUCUCCUCGUCUCAUACAUUAUUCCC